UACGAACCGGAAGUAUCCUAUUAUGGCAUGGUGACUCUCACAUAAACUUCCGGUAGGGUGUGAGCUUGAAGCGUAGUCUCUACCAAGAAUCCAAAGGCUAAUAAAGGCUGUUUUUCUUUUCCAUUCCUCAUUUCCAAACGUAAAAUGUCCAAGUCUUUGAAGAAGAUAGUGGAGGAGAGCCGGGAGAAGAACAUCCCAGAGGUGGAGAUGUGCGACAGGGGCAUUUCAAACAUGAUGGACAUCCCAGGACUAUUCACUCUGUCUAACAUCACUCAACUGGUCCUCAGCCACAACAAGCUCACAGCGGUGCCUGCUAACAUCUCUGAGCUGAAGAACGUGGAGGUCCUUAACAUGUUCAACAACCAGAUUGAAGAGCUGCCGACUCAAAUUAGCAGUCUUCAGAAGCUGAAACACCUAAACCUUGGUAUGAACCGUCUGAGCAGCUUGCCUAGAGGAUUUGGUUCAUUGCCAGCUCUGGAAGUGUUGGACCUCACCUACAACAACCUGAACCAGAACUCCCUGCCAGGAAACUUCUUCUACCUCACCACUCUUCGUGCUCUCUAUCUGAGUGACAACGACUUCGAGGUCCUGCCUGCUGACAUUGGGAAGCUGACCAAGCUGCAAAUAUUGAGUCUGAGGGAUAAUGAUCUGAUUUCGCUGCCUAAGGAGAUAGGGGAGUUGGCUCACCUCAAAGAGCUUCACAUCCAGGGAAACAGACUGACUGUCUUGCCCCCUGAACUUGGUAAUCUGGAUCUGACUGGUCCAAAACAGGUGUUCAAAGCAGAGAAUAAUCCCUGGGUUACUCCCAUUGCAGACCAGUUUCAGCUGGGUGUCUCUCAUGUUUUUGAGUAUGUUCGCUCAGAGACCUACAAGUAUCUCUAUGGCAGACACAUGCAGGCCAACCCAGAACCUCCAAAAAAGAGCAAUGAUAAGAGUAAGAAGAUCAGCCGCAAACCACUGGCAGCCAAGAACAAAUAAUGAGAAGAUUGAAGAUGGAAAUGAAAGCUUGCUCAGCCAGCCAAACUCACUGCAUGUGCCUUUAUUCUUCUUUCUGUUUUGUUAAUAAAAACUGUAUCACAUGGAAAUGUAUCAGUUAGUGUUAAACACUGUUUGGACUGUAUUCCACAGAAUCCAUAUGGAUUUUAUUUUUUUAUUUUUUUAUUCAACUGUUUGAGUCUUGGUGCUACUUACUUACAGUGCUUGGACAUAGAGGUGAUUAUUAGUCACACAUAUAACCACCAGAUUAGAGGUAAUAGAAGCAAAGUUGACAAUAUAUUGUAACAUAUAUAUAAUGUUAUCCUUAGAAAGAAGAAGACACUCACUUUAUACGAGAUCUGCAAGUGAGGUAUUCUCUCAUUCAACUUUCAUGACUCACCCUACUCUGCCUCUUAUUGGCUUACCAUUACAUUCAUACCCGAACCCUAACCAAUCUCACCCUUCAUGCCUAAACUUAACCAACCAAACUAAAUUGGGGCACAGAGCAAACUGUGGGUCGGACUUAGAAAGGGUCAUUUGUGAUCAUUCCAUCUCUGAGAGCAUCCAUCUCUGUUUGUACUACAAUGUAUCUCCAUUUCCACUUUAUAUUUGUUUAGUUGUUUUACAAAGCUUUACCAAGUUGUCUAUCACAUUUCACCCUGUAUCAAAAAUGAAUGUAAUCAAUUUAAAAAAAUAAAAUAAAAAUGCUUCAUGUCAUGCUUUUAUCACAGGCUCUCUGUAUUGAAGGUUUCAAAUAAAACAAUCACAAUGUUCUCACUUGUUUUGUUCAUUUCAGAUAAAAAAAAUACAGUACAGUAUAAGUCAUAAAGCCAUAAGCCAAAAUUGUAUGCUGUGUCUACAGUCAUGUUUGGGCUUUGGAUGCAACUUGCUGUAAUGUCAUUUUAACCCUUUAAGAUUGCAUCCUCAGCUAUAUUUUACCCCUAUUUAACAGUGUAUGCCAAAAGAUCGACAAAAACUCAGUUUCUUUGUAUAUAACUAACCAAUCUCAACCAAUAAUAUCAAGACAGUACCCCGUCAAUCACUCUUCAGCUCUUAGCAACAGAGAGUGAAAAUCCAUUAGUUAGCUAGCAUAUGAUAAAAAAAAUGUUAUAGCCUUGUUAAAAUAUAUUUUUAAAUGUCAUGUAGUUAGUUAAAACAAUCAUUUUGAAAAGUUAUAAAGACACAUGGUAUCUGUUGUCCUGAAACUGAGUGUGUGUUUGUAUGCAUUGUUUUUAAAAUGUUAUUUUAUGUUAUUUAUGUAAUUUCUUAAUUCUUCUUCCAUUACUAUUUCCCUUAUUUAAGGGCACAACAUUAAUGUUUAUGAAUGAAUUACUUUCCAUUUCUGAUGGCCUUUGUCAUAUCUGUAUGAAUGGGUGAAUGUAGCAUGUAGUGUACAGCGCCUUGAGUGGUCGCAAGACUAGAAAGGCACUGUUUAAGUGCAGUCCAUUUACCAUUUAAGUAAGAGUGUUGUUUUUAUUAUGAAGCAAAUCUUGACUUAUUUUGGUUUAUUUUAUCCAAAUGAAUCCUAUUAGUCUAUUUGCCAGCCAAUACAGCCCCAUUGUGAACCCAUUGUCAUUACAAAUGUUAAGUAUGGAUUCCCAGGAUAUAGAAACUGCUAACUUGCUAUUGUUGCUUGCUAUGUUGGUCAUCAAUUAGCAUAAUUAUCAUUAAUUUGCAUAACCAAUGUGGUAACAUUAACUGUUGAUUUUUUAAUUACUGUUGGCUAAGUUUGUCUUUCUUUUUUCUUUAUUUACUUUAUUUUUUAUCAACUUACUUGUAUUGAGACGAUAAACCUUAUGUAAAAAGCGAUGUUUCUUCUGUCUUACCAUGUGGCCAUUAUUCAGCCCACAGCAGUAACUACAGUGGCAAUGACACAAUGUUGCACAGCAAAGAAACUCAAGCAGAACUGAAGAAACAUCUUAUUGUUAUAAAAAGAUUGAACAUA